AUGCAUAUUCCAGACUCUGCAACGACCUUCCAUCAACCACGUGAUGUUACUGUCGAGCUUUUGCGACGCCUCAUUAAAUCCAUACCUAUUGAGAAGCUUGAGGAUGUCAGCGGUGUCUUUGGCCUCCUAACUGCACACAGCCGCUCGGUACAGCGCACGGCUUUCACUAUCCUCCAUCGGUUUAUCCCCCAGGCACAAGAGCAAGUCUCAUUUGAUGUGGCUCUGUCUAAAACUUCAGUCAGCCUCCCAGAUGAGCUCAUAUCAUUGUUGUUGGAGACCCCAACAAUGGAGAUGGUCAACGAGGCUUAUGGAGAUGACAAGGUUUGGACCACUAUCAGAGCUUACCUUUUGAGCUGGAAAGUGGUGUUUGAUCAUUUCACGAACGCGUCGCUCCCCGUCCAAGAGUUCUACACGACAAACAUCAAGGAAAACGAAGUCUUGAUUCCACUUCUGGAAUUCACGUUUGACUUCCUUCAAAAGUCUCACGGCAAGAUUGUUGAUGCAUCCAAAAUCGACGUGCAGAACUUUGAACCCGACCAGUCUGAAAAUGCCGAAAGAGAGACCCAGUGGCUUCUGGUACAUUUGUACUACCUCUGCCUCCGCCACUUGGCGAAUAUGACCAAGAAUUGGUGGAUCGAUACCAAGAAACGAAUUAAGGGCCCGGUGGAAUCAUGGACAGAAAAACAUAUCUCCCCGCUUGUCUCCGGAGAUGCCCUUCAAGGUGUUGAAGACUGGAUCUCUACACAAGAUCCCAACGAGGAACGAGCAUUGACUUUAAAGAUCUCGCCAAAGACAGCAGAGAUUAUCGCAAGUAUCCCUGUCGAUGAAGAAUCACCCCCAGUCUCUAUUUCGAUUUCUCUCCCACCUGCAUACCCUCUUCACCCCGCACUGGUGGUCGGCCGUAGCCGGGUGCUUGUGGAUGAGAAGAAGUGGAAGAAUUGGCUCCUCACAAUCCAGGGAGUCAUCAUGUUUGCCAACGGUAACCUCGUUGAUGGCCUCCUGGCAUUCCGGCGGAACGUGCAGGGUGCUCUGAAGGGACAAAGCGAGUGUGCCAUUUGCUACUCGGUCAUAUCGACUGAUAUGCAGACUCCAAACAAGCGAUGUGCCACCUGCAAGAACACCUUCCAUUCCGUUUGCCUGUUCCGAUGGUUCAAGAGCAGCAACCAAAGCACCUGCCCUCUGUGCCGCAACAACUUUGUAUAUGUUUGA